GAGAAGAAGCUAUCAUGGCGGCCGAUUGACGGCAAAAUAAAAUAUUAAAAAUUGAAAGCGGAAUAGUCCCGAAUUCAGGAAUAUCAGCGUAUUUAUUCUGAAUUUGUUCAACAGAAGAAUUCUAAAUGAUUAUUUUCUAAAGACUAAUUGGCGUCUUUUAGUGUUAAUCGGAGGAAAUUCCAUAAAUUUUGAAGUAAACAAGCUUGAUUUUGAUGGAAUGAAAACGACUGAAUGAAUGAUCAUCAAUUCACAAUGAUUCUAUAGUGAUUAUCAAUGAUUAGUGAGUUUAUCGACAACAGACAGAAUUUUAUUUUGGUAUACAGAAGGAAAUAAAGGAUUGUAAAAAUGGCAGAUACGACAACAGCAAUGCGAGUUAUACCAAGUGGAAAGAUUUACCGGCAGAUGUUUGAUGCACAGGUUCAACUGAAUAAGAGUUUAACACAGAUAUCCAAGAGAUCAAAAUCCCCAUCACAAACAAUUUUAUCAUCCUCUAAUGGUAUCCCACUUGUUCGUCUCAGUACUGACGAAACACACCAUGGUGUCUUAACGGAAAGACAGAAAACUUGGGUGAAUGGAUUUCCAAAUGAACAGAACAUAGAAAACCCUGUUUUAUACAAACAAUAUGCAGAGUUUAUUAGUUCUAAAUUAAAAGAAACUGAUGCAUUGAAAUAUGACAAAGAAGUUGAAGGCUUGCCUGAUGUUGUGGUACCAGGUAAAGUUGGCAGUAAUAUUAUUGACCGUAUAGCUUCCAGUCGAAAAGAAAGACAUGAAGCUACUGUGGAAGACAUGCAACAAGAACUUAAUGUCAUCAGUUCUAAUUUUGAACCAAGAAUAGCAGAUACAAGUGAGAUGAUAUUGAAUAAGUUAAACAAAAAUGAUGAAGAAUUAGAAAAUAUACUGGCUAGAAUACAAAAAGAUGAGGAUUUGAUUGAGCACAGACUAGAAGAUUUAAAUUGUUUGUGGCAGAAAGUUCAGUCGUUCACUCCAUCUAGACAAGGUUGGAUUAUUGAGUUAGAUUUUAUGUUAAAGACAAUAGAAGAUGAACGCGCAGAACUGAUUCGCUCAGUAUUUGAAAUGUAUAGUGAGAAGCUUGAAAACUUAUCACAUUUAUUGGCGCCAGAUUUACAGAAAUUCUUAGAUAAGGAAGCACAGCUCGUGAAUCAAACAAUAUUAAGUAAUCGUAGAGCGUAUGCAGAUUUAUUUGUACGCUUGAUGUCAGCUGAUAUUGAAAGGGAGAAAACUCUAUAUGCAGCUUGGAAACGUCGAAAACAGGACUGGUGUAAUCUGAAAAAUAAAAAAUUUGUCAAUGAAUUCAAAGAGUAUAUGAAGAGUGAGGAGGUUAGACACCCCAAGGGUGUGGAUCGAGUGUUAAAAGAAAUGAUCGCAGCUCAAUGUGUGUUAAACGAGAAACGUUACGAUCUUAUCAUGUCCUUGGCUGAAAUGAAACCUCCUAAGUCAACUAAAACAGCUGUAUAUAAAUGGAAUCAAACAGUUCAGUCUAUAUCACAAGAAAUAGAGAAUAUAAAUCAGAUGUAUUUAAGUAAAUUACAUGAAGAAUAUGAAAAGGUCUGUCAUGGUUGUAUUGACAAGAUGAACUCAAUCAAGGAGAGAGUAAUCAUGGAAGGUGUAUGUACAUCAAGUCAAGCUCAAGAUGUUAUAGAUAAAGAUAUGCUACCACUAAUAGGUAACCAACAAAAAUCAUUUGAAGAAAAUCUGGAAGUUAUGGAAAAUGCUUUAGAGACUCAUGGCUUAACAAUGUCAACCGAUAUUAAAUCUUUGUUUAAAUUUGCUCAAGGUGCCACUCAUGUGUGGGAUAUCCAUGAGAUAGGCCUGGCGAAACAGGAGAGAGCCCUACAAGAAAAACUAGAACAUUGUCGACAUGAUCACGAUUAUAAAAAUCAGGAUACAGAGGCCAUGUUGGAUAAUAUCAUGGAUAAGAUGCGACAGGAAUCUACAGAACAAGGUUUAGCAUCAAGUUUAGUUAAAGCUCUAGAGAUGCUGGAAAGAAUACGCCUAUCUUACGAAGUUUUUCACCAGAAACAGACAGAUAUUGUUCAAACAUAUCCUGAAAUGGUGAAAAGUGAAUUGGACAGUUAUGAUGAGGCCGUCUGUAAAUUCUUUAUGGUUAACCGCAAUCAUCCAGACGAUGUAAGAGACAGUGUUGAUAGCGAUGGUCGUGAUUCUAGGUCCUCCGUUUCAAGUCCGGAAGAGAAGAAAGAGCGAAAAAUGACACCAACCAAAAAAAAGCGUAAAAAUAAAAAGGAAUCGAGGCAAGAUCAGAGUCCUCUACCAAUGGCUGUAUCAGAAGUUUUAUCAACAGAAAAAGGAACAACUUUUUAUGUUUUAACUGUAGCCGGGAAACAUGGAGUCCAGCCUGAACCUGUAACUCCAUCUGAAGAUGGUCGUCCCCCAUCCCCACCUGAAAAACCUCAGAAGAAUUAUAUCGCUAGUAUAGAUAUUUCUAAAACUUUCAUCAAUGAUGUCAAGAGACAAUUACGGGUCAAUUUUUUGAAUCAUCUGGAGACAUGGUUAGACCAGGCUUUUAUUCGAUCAAACAGUGUGGUAGUAGCUAAGUGUGAAGAAUUAAAUAGUGAACUUGAUUUACGUCUUCAUCUUCAUCAACCACGAUCUCGACGAGCGGAAUUAGAUAUUCAUAAUGUCCGCGCAGCUGAAUUGAUGAUGCAUUCGGAGAGAGUAACACGUCAUAGUAAGGGUAUUCAACAAUCAUUGACAGAUUUACGUACAAGAUUCAGUGCUAUGAGUCAUGAACAUAAUAAACUAGCUACUAGAUUUCGUGUAGAUAUUGAAGCUCUAGAAAUAGUUUUUAUUAACGCAACCAAAUCAUCCAGGUUAAUGGCGCUGCAGAAUGAAUUAAGUGUCAAGUUAGAGCAAUUUAUGUCAGUUAUUCGAACAUCACUUCGUCAGUUUCGUCAACAUUUAGAUAAAAAUUUACAAAUGUUGAGAGAAUCAAACGCCAGAUUUAUUAAAUCUUUCAAAAUGUUCUCGGAUGGAGGUAAUUUUUGUCCAGAUGAGAUUGAAGAGUAUAGAAAGAAGUUAGAAAAGAUGUCACAGAAGAUCGACCAGGUGGAAGGAUCAAUAAUGUCUGAUUUGGAAGGAAUGGAAUCAAAACGAUUGGAACAGGGAACAAAGGUUGCCAAUGAAUUUGAAGACAGGUUUAAAAGUCAUAUGUUUGAUCUGACCUUUAUGGAGAAAAUAGCCAGAUGGCUGACUAACACCCAGGUUAAAAUAAAAGCAGAAGUAGCUGAAAGUAAUUCUCAAGCUCAGAAAUUGAGUCAAUUUUUACAGAGGUUGGAACGCAGAAUAGAUGCUUGUGAAAAUCCCAAUCCAGAUAAAGAGCAAAUCACUUCUGAUGAACUAUACAAGAGUUUACCUGAAGUAUUUGAAGCUGUGGCUGAAAGAACAGAAUAUUUAAACUGUGUUAAAGGUCAGGCAUUAAGUGCACCACGCCCUUCAUCAGGUUCCAUAUUACAGGGCAACCCAAUUGCAGCUGCACGAGUUGGGUUUAUAUCUGAUGUUACACCAGUAAGUAAAGCCGGUAAACAGCCAACAGAAGAUCCUUCAGUAGGAGUUAUUAAAAGCAUUCUGAAAGGAAUACCUAGUAAAAGUAAAAUAGGAUUGGAGUUCGAUUAUGAUGAUGAUGUACAACCACAACUCGGUGCAUCUACCACUCAAGCAACAACACCAGGUUUACCCCCUGACAGUCGUGAAAAACUCAAGUCAGCCAUGUCUCAGAGUUCAGGUAAAGGUAGCAUCUCAUCUGAUAAAAGUAAACCAGUCAGUCGUAGAAGUCAGAUGAUAUCAGUAGAUUCCGGUCAACAAAAACGUCUCGGAUCUGCAGCUGCACGUAAUCAGAAGGCCGUAAAGUUUGAUAGAAAAUAUUUGGUUUUUGGUGACAGGGAUGAAGAUGUAGACUGUGAAUAUUUUACUGGAAUUGUUCGUAAAAUUUUACGUGAUGCUUUAGAUGGUCUUCUAACAACAGCUGAUUUAUUCUAUAAAACUAAGGGAAAUCGUCCUGUGACACGACCUCAAGCUCUACAAGAAAGUUUUGAUGGUUGUGCAGAUGCAGUUGUUCAGAAAUUACAGUCGUAUUUUAAACAAUCUCUUGAAUAUCAUAAUGAUUGUUUACAAGAGUUUCGUAAACAGUUAACUGAGUUUGAGCGUCUGGUGUCUCGUGUACCUGAUCUUGUGAUAAAUGAUCUAGAAAAAUCUCAGAUAAACACUGUUCAAGUUGAUCGCAAAAAUAUAGAUGAUAAUUAUUCACCACUUUUACUAAAACUUCGACAACAACAGAAUGAACAUCAGAAUUCACUACGUCCAACUCUCGGCCAUCCACAUCAAAAAGAAAGUUUAAUGGCGCUUUGUGAGAAAGAAAAUAAACGUCAUGAAGAAUAUCUGGAACUAGUAGAAAAGCGUUCUCAAGAAUUACAGAAUUGUGUUGUUGAACAUAGUGAGAAGUUUAUAGAAGUUUUAUCUCGUACAACAGAGAAUCAAUUAUUACAGCUAGAUAAUCAGAUUGUUGUUGACGAAGUCAAAAAAGGACGUGUUCCUCCAUCGCGAUAUCCUACCAGUGAAUUAUUGAGACGUAAAGCUGCCGGAGAAAGCCUAGAAGAUGGAGAAGAAAUGGGGAUGAUUCCAAGAGGAAGGGGAACAUGGCCUGGUCUUCCUAUCAAUGAGAUGAAAGUAAAUCUUUCUGAAGAUGCCCAAGAGUUAACAGCUACUGUAACUACAUUAAAAACUACACUGGCUCAUCAAGCCGUUAUCAUGGCACGAGAACAAGCUUUUGAGAACUAUAAGGCAGAAUUCUAUAACUCAUUACAAGACAUUCGCAAAGCAAAGGACCUGUUAAUCAAGGCUGAAGAAAGAUGGACAGACAGUUGGAAAAAAUCUGUUCAGAAAGUUGAAGAAUUGUAUUAAAUCACAUUGCUGUUAUUAAUUUUAACAAGUUUCGCCAUUUUCGAGAUUUCACGUCAUAAAAUCAGCAUUAAUUUUGACUGUUUGGGCUGUUUUUAAAUUGAAGACAUACAAGACUCUGACUUUCAAGAAUUGAUACUAUCCGUCCUUUGUAUCAUAUCGAAUUGAUUAGUUAUUGUAUUUCUAUUGCAGAACUUAAGCAAAAUUUUAAUAAGGGUCUUAUUUGUAAUAUAUUUCAGCAUUAAUCUUUUGUGAUAUUAACAGCAUUACAAAUUUAUUUUGUCUGGGGAAGCGCGUAAAAAAAUAAAAUAGACCUCUAAGCUUAUUGUCCAACAUAUUUCAAUAUACCGACAGGGAGAAUGUAUCCAUUAACUGUGAUAUAAGUUUUAAAUUGUUUAUAUAAUAUGUUUUAUAUAUUUAUCACUAAAUUAUUGUAUUAUUUGAUUUUUUUUUUUUUUUUUAUAUCUAUUUUAUUCAUAUUUCAUGAGAAUCUUUGUAUUAAAAACGUUUAUCAGUUAGGCCAAGCUAUUUUAAUUCCUUGUUUUUCAUGGUCUUGAUAAAUCUUUACUGACUUGAAUCACGGGAAAGAUAUUUGGUUAAAAUUCCAAAACUGAAAAAUUUGGAACUGAAAAGGCUUUUAAACGGCACAACCAAGAAGUUUUGGUUUUUAAAUAAAUCUUUUUUCCCCCCGACGAAAUCAACAGGUAAAUUUUUACACAGGUGUUACAUAGAACAGAAAAUCAUUUAGAUGUGGCCUUAUAAUAACAUCAGCAUUUGUUAGACCUGGCAUGGUAAAUCAGCAUUUGUUUAAGACAUCAGCAUUACCUCUGAAUCAUUGUCGUGGUAAAAGCCUAAGAACCAAUUAAAUCUAUAACUAAAUAUCAAAGAUGAUAACUAGAAUGAUCUUAAAUUUAUUAUUGGUUUGUAACAACUUGAAGCAAACAAUUUUAACUUUAGGACAGUCUCUGAUUUUACAGGGUGUGGCAAAUAUCCAUGGAUUGAAUUAUGUAAAUCAAUGCUUAAGUUAUUGAUCUUCACUUAAUUAAUAUUUAAAAUCAAAAUAUUGAGCCAUUCAGAAAUAAAGUUUAUUAUAAGUGUGACUUGAUAAUCAGGACAAUCCCUUACCAGUUUUAUAGACAUGAUUAUCUUGGCCCUUAUCUUUGCACGAUAUUGGGGAAGCGGAAACUGAAAGGUUGUCUUUCUUCUAAAAAGUAUUACAGAGCUUGAGCUGAUUGUACUUAAGACUCGGAUAAAGGUUUUGCAAGAGUCUUUCUAUCCAAAUUAAGCACUUUUAUUCACUAAAAUAUAUCUGGAAUGGCUUCUUUAUGUUUCAUACUAGGGUUGCAGCUGACAAAAUUGUGUCAAUUAGGAAUAUAUUUAUUUCAAACUCGUAUAGUUUACAAUGCAAAAUAAAAAACACUACUAGUCUCUGAAUUCUGAAAAGAAACAUUUGAUAUGUUUUAUUUUAUUAUAUUGCAGACAAAUUUCUGGAACACAGAUAGUAACGUAAUCUGCUAUACACAUUCAAACCAAUAUUGCUGUUUAAAAAUGAAUUUACCGGAUGUGAAAAUUUAUAGUUAAAGAUAUGAAAUAUUGUUUAUAAAAUAAAUCAUUUACAUAAG